UUACAUUGGAGAAAAUAAAAACCCUUUAUAAAAAAAACUAGGGUUUUCGUCGGCUUCGCACUGAAAUUACUCUGAAAAGAGUUUGAAUCCAUUCAUGUGUUUAUGGUGUUCAAAAAUUGAUAUAUACUACGGCAGGCAUGUGCAACUGAGGUUAUCUUAUAUAUUACUUGAAAGUUUAACCUUGAACCCCUAUUAUUGGCAUGCAACUUAGAAUGGGGAGUAACGCUGAAAGGAGCAUAGUCCUAAGAGAUUCUGAGAGGAUUAUUGGGGGAGACCAUGUUCAAGGGACCAAUGCUACUUCUGCGAUCAACUCCAGUGGUUCAACGUUUAAGAUCAAUACAUUGUCAAUCGAUCUUGGAAUUGUAAAGGGGAAGGGCAAUGCUCAAAAGUGUAGUCAUUUCUCUAUCCGAGGCUAUGUUGCAAAGAUGCGAGAAAAAAGUGGCUACACCGUACCAUUUUCUGAUGGUAAUGGAGAAGAUCUGCCUCCUAUAGAGGUCCCAAGUUUUAGAUAUUGGCUUUGUCAAAGCUGUUCGCAAAACUGUAGAGUUGGAACUGCUUCUCAAGAGGUAGCAUUAGUCUCUGAGUAUGGUAAAAGCAUAGUGCAGCCAUGUUCAACUUCAUACACAUCACGAGAUUGUCAUCAUUUGCCACUACCUCCUUUUGGUGAAGGCACUUCAGGUCUUAAGCCUGUUGAUAAGAGGAAUGAUGACGAAAGCGUUUUAACUGUUUUACAAGGAGAUACGGCUCAAUCUUUACCUGACACUCAUACUAAUAUGGAAGAACCAACCAAAUCUGAUUCUAAAGCCGCCAAUGGUGAUGUGAAGGCAAUUGAUGUUGAGGAGAAUGUCUUGGGAGAAGUUAAUGAUUCCAACCAAGGUGACAUGGUGGUCCAGUCUGAUGACGAGAAUGAUGACCCAAGUGGACAUCUACGCCGAAAGGCACGCAAAGUUCGUCUGCUGACGGAGCUGAUGUGUGGAAAUACCCAAGAAAAGCAUCAGAGAAAGGAAGGUAAUCUUCUUGACUCAGGUCCAGGACCAUGUUCUCCAGUAAACUCUCAAAUCAAAAGAAAGCUACCACAAGCUCAGGAUCAGAGAUCCAUGGAUAUGCCCACUCCGGGUCAUGCUGGAAAAAAGGGAAAAAUCUUCAAAGAGGGUGCUGCUUCAAAAACAAGCUUAGUUGCAAAGAAUACUGAUAAGCAUAUUUGUAAAAAACAUGGAACUCCAAAGGGUUCCAAACCCAGUAAGGUCAGUAGUGAUCCAUUGACAGCUUGGCGAUCAAUAUUUAAUGAUGUGGGAAGAUCAGAUAAGCUGGUUUCAGUGGGUAAAGGGAUUUCAAAACCAAGUCGUGAUGUCUCUGUCCCAGUUUCCAAGUCAAUGCCUCAACUACAGCCAGAAGGAAAUUCUAAUGCUUCUAAGAAGGUAGUGGAGAAUCCUUUGAGAAAUCAAUUACUUGGGAAGGAUAUACAUAAGACAAAUUUUGGUGGUUCUAGAGUGCGGGAUUGUGACAAUGGAUUAGGUCUUGGUCUGUCUCUACACUAUGACCCACAACCAGAGGUUCCUGUGGGACCAUCUUUACCAAAUCGGGUUCCCAUCUAUAAUCACAGUAGUAAAGCUGGUCUCUCUUAUGGGGAAUCAAGUAUUACAUAUAGAGGAGUCACAUUGGAACCCCAAGCAGAAGAAAGAUCCUUUCAUGAUGUAAGAGAUGGUCAUACCCCCACUAUGCCACUCUUAACCGGGCAGCAGCAUUAUCACACACAGCUUUCACCUGGGAUCUUCUUUCAGCAUCAAAAUCUAGACUUCUCUGACCCACAUAACAAGAGGAACAGUGGAGUCAGGGGGUACUCGGAUGUAAUGGGGGCUCAUAAUCAUCAAAGACAGGAGAUAUCUUCCAAUGGCAGGUCAGACGAAAAGGAAAUUGCUGAACUUAUGGCUAAAAUUCAACAUGAACGAAACUUAUUUGAAGCAAAAAGUUACUGUGUGCCUGGCGGUAGCCAUGACAGUGGGGUAUCUGGUAAUCCCAUCUUUUGUGAAGCUAAUAAUAACAAAGGGAUGCCACUAACAUUUGAGCAAUAUCCUAGCAUGAGGAGGCCUGCAUCUUCCAUGCUAGUAACUGGGGAGAGUUUGAAUUCAGGACCCACCAGCGUGACAAAUCUAGCUGGCUUCUUCCGUCAAGAGCCAGUUCCCGUCUUUUCAAAGUUUGAUACAUUUUCACAAUCUCAGAAGCAGCCAUCAAAUGGCAUUACAAUCCCUGAUCAUGGACACCAAAGGCUUAACAAUUCAUAUUAUCAUGAUUUUAGAGGGAAUGAUAAUAAUAAUAGAAUAGCCCUCCCGUCUGGUCCGACCAAUAUGCGGGAAGCAUUUAACGAGCACCAUAAUGGUCAACUUCAGAAUGGAACACCUAGAAAUCUGUGGUCAAACAUUCCAUCUGGUCAAAACAUGGGAAUCCAUACAAACUGGUCAAACAAGAAAGGGAAAAGCAUCAUUAACCUGGAUUUGAAUGUCACAGCCUCAAAUGGUGUUGAAGAGCAAAAUGAGCUGAAUCCAAAGCAUAUGGGUUCAUUGGGUUCUUCGUAUUCCAAUGAAGCCAUUCCUGCAAUGCAGUUGCUUAGUCUAAUGGAUGCAGGGAAUUCAAAUUCGACAUUCGUUAUGGACGGGAAAAAGUUCAAAGCUAAACCCUUCUUAUCUUGUUAUAAUCAUCACAACUCUAAUGCUCCAGGAAAACCGAAUUCUUACCUACCUAACUCUGGGAGGCAAUCUGGUGUGCAAAAGCCCAUGGAAAACCCAAGGAACUUGAUUCAUGGAGCUUCCCCUUUGUCUGCUGUUACCAAUUCAUUUUCAUCUUUCUUUCAUACUGAUCAAACUGUUGAGGGUCACACAAAUGGACGCCAGUUUUAUCUUGAACCAGAACCGAAGAAACCAAAAGGUGUGUCUACAGGUCUGCCUAGCCACAAGUAUUAUCGCCCAGAUGAUUCUUUUGUUUUUCCUCUUCCAUGGCAUGCAGCUGAAGACCGGAAUGGAAAUGUGGCACAAGUAGCAUUGCAACCCAGAAAUGUCACACCAGGAACUGAGAUUUGUACAAUUAACCAAAAUCCUGCAGAUUUUAGUACACCAGAACCCGGUAAUGUGUAUAUGAUUGGUGUUGAAGAUCUACAAUUCAAAGGUGAGCCUUGUUACAAGAGCAAAUUGGCAUCAGGGAAUAUUGAUGUACAGAAAUGGCAAAUAAGGUCAUAAAAAGUUUAUUCCCUUCAACAAAUUGGAAACAGGACACGUGUUUUUUUUCCUUUGGGAAAUGACUUCUCGAAUGAUGAGCUUGAGACAGCCGGGGCCAACUGCAAGGACAUUUAUGGAUUCGUGUAGACUUUGAAACAUCUAUCAAUCCUUGAUAACCAAGGAAGCAUUACUUAUCCUUAAUAAUCGACCUCAGUAAUAUCAGAAAAAGGAAAUGCUUUAGUUGUACAUAUAUUUUGAACUUACAGCUGUUGUUGAAUUUCUGUAACGGUCAUAGUGUGCUCCAUAGAAACAUGGGUUUCAAAGGUUGCUAUUGUUUUUGUUGUUUAAGAUACUUUCAGGAUGCUCCAUAGAAACAUUGGUUUUUAGACCUGGUUAUCUGAUGUUGGUGCUAAAAUCUGAGGCAGCUGUGCAACUUCGGUUGUUAACCUCGCUAUGCAAAGCAAAUCUGGUGCUUUACACAAAUAAGAUAAAACCUUUUUUUGAAUUUCA